AUGGGCCAGGCAGCGAGCGGCGACCGCGAGGAUCAUGCAGUAGGAAGAGAACGAGGAGGAGGAAGGAGGAGCGAAGCUUCAGGCAAGGAUGCGAAGAAGAAGAACAGCUUCUUGUCCUGCCAGUGUGGGAAGGGGAGAGACGAUAAGGACGAGGUUCAGACGAAUGCACGAGCGACUAAUGGCACUAAACUGACAGAGGAGGAGUGGGCUAAGGUGAAGACAGGAAGGCUUCAUGUAGAGAGAGGGGUUCCAGAUCUUGUACAAGAGGAGGCUGAUACAGAGAAGGAGCGGCAGAGGGCGAGGCACAGUAGAAACUAUAUGGAAGAUGGGAUGGAAGAGGAAAAAGGAAGAGGAAAGAAGAAACUAUCGGAACCGAAUCACACGGGAUCUCCAUCAAGUCCGAACUCAAAUCCUCGUCCUCUUGACAAGAACGCCCUGCGGUUCAAAGUCGGCGACCGUGUGAAGUGCGCUUGCACGAAAUGGGGCAACCAAUUCGAGAUAGGAACUAUCACGUGCAUUGGAUACCGGGAACCGAGCUGGGCAGCAGACAAACCUGAUGCUCCGUAUCAAGUAAAGCUCGACAAGGGGGCUCUUGUGUACGCUCCUGCCGAUACCGACGAGUAUGUUCAGUUCCAUGAUGAGUCGUGGGCGAAGCAGCUACCGCCGGGUGCUCCGUGGUAUCUGCAGCCCGGUGCUCUUGACAGAGAGCUGGCAAAGAUUGGAGCAUACAGAUGA